AUGCCUGUCCGAUGCGCCGCAGCGGCCGACAUACCCGUCAUGGCCGCGGUUCUCGCAGCAUCUUUCGGGCCGGAUCGUCUCUUCCAAGUCAUGUUUCCUUUCCAGCACCAGCAUCCGGAGGACUUUGAACGGGCGCUGCGCGAGAGCCUCUGGCUGUCAUGGUACGACUACCGGAAAGUGUUGAUGGUCUCGUAUGAGGUCGAGGGUGAUGGUAUUGGGACAGCCAGUCAGUACGACAGGUACGCCGAUGAGCGACAAGCCUUGAUACCGUCGUCGAGGCCGACGGGCAAGUCAACCGUCAGAGGAGAAGGCCAGACCAUCACUGGCAUCGCUGAAUGGGAACGCGCUGGGGAGAGAUCGUUCCGCGUCCAUGGACUCUGGGGACGUUGGGAUCCGCGGCUCUUGAUAAAGCCCAUCCUGUCCACAUACUACCGACUCCGGAGGCUCAUCCUCUUCCCCAACAAAGCCGCCGUCCGUCCAACGGCGGAGAACCCGCGACCACUCACGUACUGGGCGCUGGGCGCGUCGCUGCUCCCAUUCAGCACGCAGUUCAUGGACGCGCCGCACCGCAUGACCCACUGGUCGCUUGAGAUCCUCGCCGUGCACCCGACCUUCCAGGGGCGGGGCUACGGGCGGGAGCUCGUCGAGCACGGGCUGGAACACCUGGCGCGACGUGAUCCGGCGAUGGGCGGAGAUCUGCCCGCGUGCGUGAUGGCCGCCGCGGGCAAGGAAGAAUUCUACCGCAAGUGCGGCUUCAAGGAGCUUGUUGGCUAUGUGAGCGAGGCUGAGGACGGCAAAGGGGGCGAGAACCCGUUGAGGAGGAAUGGAGUCGAAGGGGGGGCGGUGUUGUGGACUAGGUAG